UGAAUCGUAGUGCUUUUAUUUCAUUACAGGAAGAAUACAGUAAGAAGAAAAAUAAAUAAUUUAGGAGCAGCCAUUUCUGAAAGAGGAGCAAUCAGUAAAAAAGGGAAUUUUGAAAAUAAAUCAGAUUUUCAAAAGCUGCUUUUCUUUUUGGAGUGAAUGAUCAUAUUACAAGGAGCUCAGGGCGCCUUAAAAUGGCCGAACGGAAGUAGCAAAUGAGAAGUGACUUUUUAAAUGUUGAUUUAAAAAAAAAAAGAUGAGUCGGAUUUACCUCAACAGUGGCUGGCUUGAAGUUCCAUGGGGCGAUGGUGAUUUAGGCUCCUGGGCAGAUCGAUCACCACUACAUGAAGCCGCAAGUCAAGGCCGUCUUCUUGCACUAAGAACAUUAUUAUCACAGGGCUAUAAUGUAAAUGCAGUAACCAUAGACCACGUCACCCCAUUGCACGAAGCUUGCCUGGGAGGUCACCUGGCGUGUGCCAAAACUCUUCUGGAAGCUGGAGCCAGUGUAAAUGCAAUCACAAUAGAUGGCGUGACCCCAUUAUUCAAUGCAUGCUCACAAGGCAGUGCAAGCUGUACAGAACUUCUUCUGGAGUAUGGUGCCAAAGCGCAGCUGGAGUCCUGUCUCCCGUCUCCCAUGCACGAGGCUGCUAGUAAAGGUCAUCACGAAUGUCUUGACAUUCUCAUAUCCUGGGGUACAGAUGUUGACCAAGAUAUACCUCACUUGGGAACACCUCUCUACGUCGCUUGUAUGUCCCAGCAAUUCCACUGCAUCCAGAUGCUUCUUUAUGCUGGUGCUGACGUACAGAAAGGCAAAUAUUGGGAUACUCCAUUACAUGCUGCUGCCCAACAGUCCAGCCUAGAAACUGUAAACUUACUGCUAGAAUUUGGAGCAGACAUCAAUGCAAAGAAUACAGAGCUUUUGCGACCUAUAGAUGUAGCUAUCUCUAAUAGCGUCGUGGAAAGAGUUCUGCUUCAACAUGAAGCCACCCCAAGCUCUCUUUGCCAACUUUGCCGACUCUGUAUCCGAAAUUGCAUAGGAAGACCAAGAUUGCAUCUUAUGUCCCAGCUCCAGCUACCAACAUUACUUCAGAAUUUCUUACAGUAUCGAUAAAUAAUGAAAUAAUUUUAAAUUCUUUGAAAAUUAAAAAUUUCUAUUUCAUUUGCAUAAUCAGUAUUUGUUAUUGAUAUAGGGUAAAGUGAGUACAAAAUCACAGGGAGAAGCAGUAAAAUAUCAAUAUUCAUUUUAAGUGUACUAGUCAGUACUUUUGUUGUAUGAAUUUUUACUGUUUUAGGAUUAUAAUAUGUUUAAAAUGUCUAUACCUUAUUGUCCUCCUAUUGUUGAGAUUGUCCGUUUUAUAUAUAUUUUUCAAAGUAGGAAAGAAAAACACGAACUCUUACUAAAAUUUUAAUUUAAUUAUAAUUUCACUCUGUUUGUAUUUUAAAGGUUCUGUGUUCUCCAGAGAGUGGAUUAACUUGAGAUUUGGCUACUGUGUUUAUCUCUGUCUUUAAUAUUGAUGCAACAUAUGAAUGCAGUUUAGAAAAUAUGCAGUUUGAAAUAAAGCUGAUUCUCAUUCAGUAAA